CUCUCUCUCCACUCAUUGAUUUGUAGCUGUUGAAACACUGCCACAGCCCAAAAUUCAACAAACAGUGGUUAGUGUAUUAUCUGCUUUUUUAUUUUUUUGCUUCUGAAUGCUCUGGACUUUGCUCCAUCAUCCCCAUCUCUUUAACCUCAGCUUUCCCAUAAUUCUACACCUCUUUUGUUUCUCUCACUUUCUUGGCAAUCUUAUCUCCAUUCAUUAGCUUUUCAUCUUCAACAAUCACUGUACUAUUUGUGGUAAAAACUAGAAAAAAAAAGAUACCCACGGUCACAGACCACAGCUCUGUCUUUGUAUUUCCAUACUUCUCAUCCCAUAGCUUACAAAGCAGCGUAUCACUCAAUCAUAUGCUUUGCUGCUUCACAGAUAUACCGAGUGUUGAAGAGCUAACUAAUUAAUACUGUUACAAUUCAUACUGGUUAUCAAAAGGAACAAGCACUAGACGUUGCUGCUUUACCUGAAAAUGACACCACCAAACCCCAGGCUAGAAGCUGAAAAUGAUUCGGAAGCAAGUAGCCAAGUGGUUUCCAACAUAUCUGCACACGAAGCAUCUCCUGAUCCCUCAAAGGAUAGCACAACCACUACUUCAUGCCUCACAAAUCCCAUAAAAGCUCAACCAGAUUCAGGGCCUGUUUCCCUUGACCUGACUCUCCAUUUUGGGGCCAGUGAUGCUGAGAUGAAGGGCACUGGCGAGACUAAUAGUGAGAUAGCAACCCAUACUUUGUCAACCACAAUGCCAAGGGUUUUCUCUUGUAAUUAUUGCAGGCGCAAGUUUUAUAGUUCACAGGCACUGGGUGGACACCAGAAUGCUCAUAAGAGGGAGAGGACAAUGGCAAAGCAUGCGAUGCGGAUGGGGAUAUUGUCUGAUCGGUAUACAAGCUUCGCUGCCCUGCCACUUCAUAGUUCUGCAUUUCGGUCCCUUGGGAUCAAAGCUCAUUCUGCUAUGCACCAAGGAAUCAUGCCAUCCCAGAGGCCUCUAGAUACAAGAGCUGGAGCAAGGUUUGAUCAAGGGUAUAUUGGAAUGCCAAUGUUCAUGGAAGAUGACGAUGGUGACUUGUUUUGGCCAGGGAGUUUUAGGCAGGUGGAUGAAGUAGUUGGCAGUAACCAGGCUUUGGAGUUUGCUCAAAAUUCAACUCAAAGUUCAAAUAUAGGUUUUGUAGCAAUGGCAUCACCACCAAGAACAGAUACAUCUUCACCUGAUCUUACUUUGAAGCUCUAAAUUUUUUAAGGUUCCUUCUCAUCCAAACGUGUUACUUAUUAUGGUGCUCACUCUGUACAGUGAGAUGCAUUAACAAUGGCUGCUAGCUCCUAAGAUGAUUUUUGCUAAAUUUCUUUUAACCGUUUAAUUUUCUUUUUUUGUCCGUGCCAUUGGUUUGCUGCUGAUGUGCAAAGUGUGGGGUAUGAAAUGAAAGCUAUAGCUUGCUGUGAUGAUGGUACUAUUGAUUUUAUGCGCCAGAUUAUGAGGAUUAUCAAAAGCCUUAAGUAUUCUGAUGAUAGCUGGAAUAUUCCUACGAUCUGAAAUUUUGCUUUGGAAGGUUCUAAGCCUGCACCAAUUCGUUCUUCCAAAGUGUAAUGAGAGUUGUAUGUAGCAAAUAUUAAGCUGUAGGAGCUUCUGUGACAGAGGAUGUGAAAUAUUCGUUCAUCCAACAAGAAUAAUCUGACAGGUUGAGUUUCUCUUUUUCACCAAAUCAUUGUUUGGAGACAGGAAUUGGGCAAAAAUUCUGAGAUAAGUUGUGUCGCCUUUCUUAUUCGGAUUAGGUUUAGAGAUUGGAACGUAUCCAACCUGCCAAACUCGAACCAAUUUUAUCCAACAGAUGGAACUCAUAUGGCACCAUAGGCCAUUUGCAUGGUUGAUCGUUGCUCCCACGAUCAAUUUCUUCUUGAGCAGCGUUGUUUGCAUGAACUCCCUUGUUUUCCGAUUUAUGCUUCUUGUAGUCGUCAAUGUGUGUCUCAUUCUUGGCAACAGCCUGAUCGACAGCAAUCAAAUUCUUAUCUUUCCCAUGACACUCUAAUAAAACCAUAAUUUG